GGCGUCACACGCUCAGCUGUCCGGCCACUGUUGACAGUAAUGGAAGGUAGAGUAACCAGAGGCAGUGGGAGAAGAGGUGGCCGCGGUGGAAACGACGGCAACAGUUUUGGUGGUGAACGCCGAGGGAGAGGAGGCCACCACCGCGGGCGGGGUAAACGAGAACAUCAUCGCGGCCGUGGACGUGGAGGAGGCGCCCAUGCUGCUGAAUUCCAUCAGCGGGACCAAGAUGAAGGGGACAGUUAUCAGGAGGACGAUGAUAGCACACAGGUGUUCUCCAGGAGGAAGCUGGAGUCAAACUGGGACCGGUACGAGGAGUCGGAGAGGCCAGAGCCGGAUGAUGACACGCCUACUCAGAGAGGAACAGACUUUCAUGUGUUGCUGGCCUCAGCAGGGGAUUCGUUCACGCAUUUCCGGUUUGCAGAAGAAAAAGAAUGGGAGAUGGACCAGCUUGAUAUCAGUCAGAUGGCAGGGAUUGUUUUGGACCUCCCAGCUCUUACCCAGAUUCUUCAAGAAGUGCCUUUGCAUCAGAAACUCGACCUGGAGCCCGAGUUGAUUCAGGUCUCAGCACCAGUAGAGUUGCCCAGUAUGACUCUAGCACCUAAACAGGAAGUGCCAAAAAUGUCCAAAUUCACACCUCCAUCCACAGCUUCAAAAAGCCUCAGCAUCAGCCAGAAAGUCCCCGUGGAUGCAAACCCAGUGGGGGGCUCAGGCUCACAGCUUUCUUCCUCAGCUGCUGCUACUGAGACUCUGGUGGAUGAUGCUGAUGAAGAGCUGGACAACCUGCUCAACUUACAGAAACCAGUGUCAGGUGAUGUAGGAAACGAGCCUGUCAGCGGUGCAGAAAUGGAGAGCGCUGUUAAAGAGAAGGAAUGUGAGGAAGUGAAAGACGUGACAGCAAAGCCAAUAGAAGAGAAGAUGAUGGAGGUGAUGAAGGACAAAGACAUCGCACCUCCACAGUCUGCGCCCAGCAAACAGGAAAUGACUGAGGAAGACCUGGAGGACUGGCUCGACAGCAUGAUCUCCUGACCCUCAGGGAACUUGGUCAUGGCAGUUCAAUCGCUUCAACUUCCAUCCUUUGAAAAAUUACGUCCACCUGGAAGUUUAUGAUGCUAAAGUUUGAUGCUUCCUCGUUUCACACGGACCUGCCCCCCCCCCCGUGCUGUAAGAGAGGCAAUAUGUUUUGUUUUGGAGGUGUAAAGGUUGGGACAGUACAUCUCGAACAUUUGUGAGUGUAUGUCAAAACGUUCCUGGAGCACACCCUGUUUCAGAGAGAAUUCUCUGUUCCCUGUGAAAGUUUUGACUCUGGAGUGUUUUGCUUCAGAGGAUUGGUGACAGACGGGUAGUGAAAGAGGUCACAGACGACACGUUUGGUUCACUGCGUCACUUACUUUAUUCAUUUUCUUCCCCUCAUCAAAAAAGAAGUGCAGUUUACCAAAGCUACUACAUACAUAUAAAUGGCCAGACAAGAGCGGGUAACCAGUUUGUCGUCAAUAAAUUCUCAACCCAA